CUUUUACAAUACUGCUUGACAUGUUUGUAUAGAUCAUAAAGAACAUGGGAUUACAGCCUUUGUUUUCAGUUAAUCUUGGUAUCCAUUACACUAAGUAAUUCUUUGUGUAUUGCAUAGUACUAAAUAAGACAAAAUUUACCGGCGAGACAGACAUGUUAGAGAAUUUAAAUGAGUGACAAUGUGAUAUAUGUGACUACUGCCAAGUUCUAACUUGGAACUUUGGUUCAGGGAAAGUUUUGAUCACAUAAAUGAGAUAAUUUUACACUCUGGGAAUGGUUUAACGUGAAAUUAUAGCAAACUAAAGAUAUCAAAACGAGGAUUCAUGCUUGCUGUUCAAUACGUUUUCUGUACCACGCAGUGUAUAUAUUAAAACUGUAUAUACCAGGACGAUGGAAGCUGUAUCAUUUUGAACCUCUACAUUUAGAGACAAUAUGCAUAGCAGGAGAACACAUCAAUAUGACGAAUGAACCAGUAAGCGUUGAUUUUAAUCAAUUUUAAGUCAAUUUUAAGGUCUGUGAAAACACAAGCGAUGUCGACUGGAAAAGAAACGCCAGUUCCACCAUUCCUUCCUUCCUCCAAUGUGAUGACCAAUGGAUACUUUGGAGGGGUUAGUAUAGACUCUGCAAACCUUAACUGUGUUCAGGUUGAUCAUGUGGAGGAAGUUGUCUCUCUUCGAAGGUCAGUUGAUCUGGGAUACAUCACAUCAACCACCAUAGACAAUGAAGAUCCAAGGAACAAAUAUAAAGAGACUGAGGAAGUUAUAUUACACGAAACAAAGCCAAAGUACAGGGAGAUGUCCUCUCAGAUGAAAGAGUAUAACGUCAAUUAUAACGGGCUCAUUCUUAUACCAUGGGAGGAAUUUGCUGAAAAUCCAAGGAAAUUAAACGACUUAUUUUACUUAGAGAAAAAUGGACUUAUAACAUAUGACUCUGACGAAGUAAAUGUGUUUUUCCAUGCAACAAAAAUGAAUAAACCAACAUUUGGGGAUAUAAGUGAAAAUGGCAAGGCAUGGGUUGUGAACGUAGAGAAGAUAAAGGACCUAGAACAAGUAAGAGUGUGGUUGAUAGAAAGGGUGUCAGUGUUUGGUGUGACUCUAGUCAGGAAAACUUCACGCUUCGGCAAGUCCGAUAGAGCUCCUUGCCUGGUGAUGCUAGAUCCUACCAUGGGUCAUGGAGAUUCUAUCCAUGCUUCAAUAAUGAGAUGUAUAAAUGUUAUGCAAGAAGGCAAAAAGUUUUGUCUCGAGAUUAAUUUUAAUGGAUGUGUUGAGCGAUGGUGUCGCCGAAUCACCAUGACGAAGUGUGAGGCUGUUGGUGCUAAAUUGGUCAUUACAAAUGGCGAGGAACAGGCCGACUUCACAGACGCAGAAAACAUCAUCUGUUGUAUAGUCUGUCUACCUAUCUGGUCAAUACAGACCGGUAUCUAUAAGAUUCACAGACAUACACAGUACACAGAUUUAGAAUUGAAAUUUGACGCCGAGGAACUAUUUCUGCAUGGGACACUGGGUGGUGUCAAAAACCAAAGAGCUAAGUUGUUUAGAGAUUACCAGAAAGAAAUAUUCCGAACCAAACCCAUGGAAGAGGCAGGUGAAGAGUUUCAAGUUCAUACCAAUGUGGAUAGACACGGAAGUAAUAAGUAUAUCUCCGUGAAGAAAGCUAUUAAGAGCGGCAAUAGAGACCAGAACCAUUCAUAUAUAGAACACGAAACGACAGACAUAAGUGAUCUAUUAACUAAAGAUAAUGAACAAAUGAAAGAAAAAUUCAAUAAACACCAGACUAGCCAUAAGUAUGACCAAAAUAAACAUGAACGAAACUCGCUUCAGUCAACAGAUGAAGAUAAGAAUGAUAGCAAUGCGGUUCAGCCGAAUAUCUUUGUAACCAAUACAGAAAGCAAUAACUUAGAGCUAAGCCGUCUUAAUCUUCGUGAAAACACUAAUUCCUCCGAUUCUUCGGGAUUUGGAGGCGAUUCAAAAGGUCAAAAUAAAAUUAAAUCUAUCAUGGAAAUAGAGUCGUGCACCAUGAGAAAAGAGUUAUCUCCCAUCCCAUCAGCGAGAACCGUCAAUAGUGACAUUAUGAUAAUAACACAGUCAAAUGAAGAGGACAACGGAGACGGCAGUGAAAUUGAUCUCAGAACGUUUUUGCAAACAGAGUUAGUUCCACAUGAAAAAACAAAAAAGAAAAGUAAAAAGCAUAAAAGAGGUUCAAAACCUCCCAAGUCCCCUUCAAAAAAACAAAAAAAUAAAAGUGGAGUUGAUAACAACGCAUAUGACCCUGAAAGCGAAAAUAAGUUUCGCCGAGUGCUGCCAUCCAAACGUCGAAGUCUUGAAAGUAUUGACACAUUGGAAUCAACCGAAACUUUUGACAAAGGAAGUAGUAUGGAUUCAUUUCCCAUCGGAAGUCUUGAUUCACUUCCAAUAGGAAGUCAUGAUUCUCUAGAUACCAUAUUGAACGACCAGGGAUCAGUGGACAAUCAACCAUCAGAUAACGAAGUAAUGUCAUUAAAAGCUGACUUCGAUGGGGAAUUAUUUAUUCCAUCUGGAGAUGAAGGUAAUACUUCAAGUGGUGACAGAGUUUUCCAGAUCAACGACAAAUUAAAUAUAAAUGACAAGAGCACAGAGGAAGAGGAAGCAGCGAUAAACGGCCCGAUAAAGAAUCAUGUGGUGCUUCAGGAUGAUAUAUCCUGUGAUGACCUUGAACUGUCAGAUUUUGAUAUAGAUGAUGAAAAGAAACCCGAUGAUAAUGUAGACACGAACCAGAACAUUCCCGAAAAAAGUCAUAACAGACCAAAACAAAAUAACAUACGUGGUUCUGCUCCUUAUAGAUCUAACAGACAAAAAUAUAUAGGAAUGAAUACUUCUGUUAAAAAUGAGCGCCAUCAGUCAAUAAAGUCUUAA